AUGUUAGUUGGUGCUACAGGUGUCGGUAAGAGUACCUUGAUCAAUACAAUGAUUAAUUAUAUCUUAGGGGUGAAGUGGGAAGAUGACUUUAGAUUUAAGAUCGUAGAUAAACGGGUAGAAGGACCACAGUCGCAGGCGCACAGUCAAACACAAGUUAUAGCUGCAUACACUAUCCAUAGCAACGAACACCACACCAUCCCGUACACACUGACAAUCAUUGAUACGCCUGGGUUUGGAGAUACAAGAGGUAUUGAGCGCGACAAAGCAAUCGUUCAUCAGGUCAAAGAGUUUUUCUCCCAUCCCGAGGAUCACCAUGUGGAUCAUCUCGACGCUCUAGGUUUUGUUACAAAUUCAUCGAAGAUUCGUUUUGAUUAUACUCAAAAAUACAUCUUUCAUUCCAUUUUGUCCUUAUAUGGCAAAGACAUUGAGCCUAACAUAGUGAUUCUUGCCACAUUUAGUGACAAAGAACCCCUGCAGGUUGUAUCAGCAUUCAAAGAGGAAAACAUCCGUUGCGAGGGCAACUUGUUCAAGUUUAACAACUCGGCACUAUUUGAGUGUAAUGUGGCGGAGGGAGGGAGUGACAGUGACGAAGAUGAUCUUCUUGUCAAUCAUCACAUGCAGUGUUUGCAAAGCUUGAAUUCCGAGGCUGCUAGCUGUAUGCAACGUCUUCAAGAAAUCGCCCUUAAGCCUCAGAUAAGUGUGAAAGAAUACGUAGAUAUGUUAAUCGAACAAGAGAAGAAUGGUCCUACACGAUUAGGGGCAUGA